GCGCCUCUGACUCUGAUCUGUCCCUCCCCUGUCCCCUCUCGUUUCGUCCCCUCCAAGCGAAAGACAUGGCGGCGGCGGCAGUGGCGGUGGCGGCGCCCAAGAAGCGGGCAGCGGUCGACGGCCCCUGCCCCGCGGCGGCCGGCGGCAGCAGGAGCAGCAAGAAGCGCCCCAAGUACAACUUCGGAUCCAUCUACGACUACGAGAAGCUCGGUGUGCUCGGGAAGGGCACGUACGGCGUCGUGGUGCGGGCGCGCCACCGCCGCACGGGCGAGGUGGUGGCCGUCAAGUGGGUCCGCGCCACCCGCGGCGGCGGCGGGGACGCCCUCCGCGCGGCCUUCCGCGAGGCUGCCUGCUUGGCCGCCUGCCGCGGCGCCCCCUCGGUGCUGCAGAUCCGCGACGUGGCCACCGACGCGGCCACCGGGGACCUCUUCCUCGUCACGGAGCUCGUCGAGGGCACCACGCUCCGCGACAGGCUCAACCUCGCUGGCCGCUUCCCGGAGCCCCGGGCGCGCGCGGCCAUGCGACAGCUCCUGCGCGGCGCGGCGUCGGUGCACGCCACGGGCACGCUGCACCGCGACAUCAAGCCGGAGAACGUGCUUGUCGGCCCCGGCGGCGCGCUCACGAUCUGCGACUUCGGGAUGGCCACGCCGGCGCGCCCGCCCUACCCGGAGGACCCGUGCGCCGUCGGCACGCUCUGGUACCUCGCGCCGGAGCAGCUCAUGGGCAGCCGCUGGUACGGCACGGCCGUCGACGUCUGGGCGCUGGGGUGCGUCAUGUUCGAGCUCCUCGCCGGCGAGCCCCUGUUCGUUGAAGUCGAGACAGAUGAUGACCUGCUCAUGGAUGUGUUGCACCUGGGGCACGAGAUCGACUCGGAUGGCGUGGCGGCGUUCAAGGGCCUGCCGCAGGACUUGUCGCAGGCUGCUGGUGAGGUCUUGUGUGGCUUGCUGUGCGUCGACAAGGACAAGAGGCUCACCGCGGAAGAAGCGCUCAAGCACCGGUGGUUCACAGAGGAAGCAGAGGAUGCCUGACCAAGUGCAGACAGACAAAGAGCUCUAUUAGGAUUUAGGACCAAAUUGACUUAGGCCCCGUUUGGGUCCAAGGAAUUGGAAUCUAUUUAUGAAGUAGGCUAAUUUAUGUUGGAAUGUGGCAUUUCACAACUUUCCAAAGUUUAGAUAUAAGCCUAUCUU